ACACCCCAGCGCUUUUCUGAUUGGACCGAACACCGGAAAACACGGCACUAGUGACGUAAGCAAAGGAUAUUUGAUGCACGGCGAGGUCAUCUGCCUCUCUGCACACCGGCUGCUCCCGAGCAAGGCGCCAUCUUGAGACAGGCAUAAACUCCACAGACCUGCGCCAUGUACCCGAGCGCCCUGACGCAGCUGGCUCGGGCCAACCCUUUCAGCGCCCCCCUCUUCUCCCUGCAGAAAGUGGAUGAGCCCCAACAGAGCCUCCAGACACAGAGGCCACGGAGACUAGCAGCAGCCGCCGCCUCAGACGAGGGGGACAGCUGUGAGUUCGGCUCGCAGAAGUACUUCAUCCUGUGUGGCUUUGGGGGCAUCCUGAGCUGUGGCACCACGCAUACGGCCGUGGUCCCUCUGGAUCUGGUCAAAUGCAGAAUGCAGGUGAACCCAGACAAAUACAAGAGCAUUGGGAAUGGCUUUGCAGUGACUGUGAGAGAAGAUGGCUUCAGAGGCCUGGCCAAGGGCUGGGCUCCCACCUUCAUCGGCUACUCCAUGCAAGGCCUGUGCAAGUUCGGCUUCUACGAAGUGUUCAAAAUCUUCUACGCUGACUUACUGGGCGAGGAGAACGCGUACCUGUGGAGGACCUCUCUAUACCUUGCUGCAUCAGCCAGUGCAGAGUUCUUUGCAGAUAUCGCUCUGGCUCCAAUGGAGGCUGCCAAAGUGCGUAUCCAGACCCAGCCCGGCUACGCCAACACCCUGAGAGAGGCAGCACCCAAGAUGUAUGCCGAGGAGGGCCUGUGGGCUUUCUACAAAGGAGUGGUCCCCCUGUGGAUGAGACAGAUUCCUUACACCAUGAUGAAGUUCGCAUGCUUUGAGCGCACUGUGGAAUUGCUUUACAAGUAUGUGGUGCCCAAACCCCGCAGUGAGUGCUCCAAGCCCGAGCAGCUGGUGGUCACCUUCGUCGCUGGAUACAUCGCUGGAGUGUUCUGCGCUAUCGUGUCCCACCCAGCCGACUCUGUGGUGUCUGUGCUGAACAAGGAGAAGGGCAGCACGGCGGCUCAGGUGCUCAAGAGGCUGGGCCCCAAAGGUGUGUGGAAGGGUCUGGUGGCUCGUAUCAUCAUGAUCGGUACCCUCACGGCGCUGCAGUGGUUCAUCUACGACUCGGUGAAGGUGUACUUCCGCCUGCCCCGCCCCCCUCCUCCCGAGAUGCCAGAGUCGCUCAAGAAGAAGCUGGGCCUGACUGAGUAAAUCCCCAUCCUACCUCCCCUCACGGAGCCCAUAUUUAUGUCCCUGUGUAUAUUUGACACGAGCAGAGGUGAUGGGACUGCCUCGAUUCCUGUACAACACGUCUGGUUUUAUGAUUCCUGUUGAUAGAAUGUGACUAUUCUAAUAAAGAGUUCCCCACA